AUGGCCGACGAAGUGGAGGACAUCACCACUAGCAGUGAGAGUUCGAUAUCGGAGCUCACUUUACUGGAGUCCACGUCUCUGAGCAGACAGGAGCAGCAAGCCUCCUUCACCGAGGACGGCUCGGAGACCAUGCGCAAACGACUCAAACUCAAAGAUGAAAAGAUUUGCGGAGUGUGUGGAGACAAGGCACUGGGGUAUAACUUCAAUGCCAUCACGUGUGAAUCCUGCAAGGCAUUUUUCAGGAGGAAUGCCUUGAAGCAAAAGACCAUGAAAUGUCUGUUCACUGGUGACUGUGUUAUUGAUACAAGAACAAGACGGUUCUGCCCGUUCUGCAGGUUGAAAAGAUGUUUUCAUAUUGGCAUGAAGAAGGAUAUGAUCCUUGAUGAUCACGAAAAGAAAGCAAGAAUGGCCAAAGUGAUGGAAAAUCGGGUGAAAAGACAAGUUCCUGUGAACACGGUCACAGUAAAAGAGGAACCACAAGACCCAGACAUGCCUAAAGUGGAAUCCUCGUGUAUUUAUUCUCCUUCAAUGGAACAAGACCUGGAUGAUUCUUCAUUUGAUAGCAAAACAUCUGCUGUGCCUACUGUACACGGGGGAAGCACUUUCCGCUAUAUCCCCAAGAAAGAGCGGUCCACUGACCCAAACCUCUACAGACAGUUAACACCAAGUGAAACCAAGCUGGUUGAUGAAGUCGGACACAUGUACUCAACAACCGUUGGGAGCUUUAUCAUGUUUCCAGAAGAUGUUCUUAUGCCGGAUACAUACAAUAGCGUUAAUGCCUUAGUGAACCACUCGGAAGUUGCUGUCAGGCGAAUUAUCAAGUUUAUCAAGCGGCUGGAAGACUUCCGCCGACUGUCCCAAGAAGAUCAGAUCAAUGCACUGAAGUCAUCGGUCCUAAAUGCUCUCGUUAUCCGGUCAGCAUUCUUCUACAUCCUUGACCGCGAUGCGUGGACUACAGCUAAAGGAGAGAUCUCCACCAGCAUCCUGAAGCAAGCCACUGGGUACUUUGAGCUGCAUGACUCACACAUCAAGUACUGCCACGCCAUGAAGAGCAUCAUGCAAGACGACAAUGUUCUGUUCGCCCUUGCUCUCAUCAUAGCCAUGUUCAACCCAAAUGGGGAAGGAAUCAAAGACCGCCAGCUGAUGGCUGACAUACAGGACAAGUACGUUAUUCUCCUCAAGCAUUACCUGGAGUCCGAGAUGUCGUAUGAGCAUUCAAGGGAGUAUUUUGUGGCUAUUAUAGCAAAACUGAAUGACUUGCGCACUAUAAGUGAUGACCAUGCCAAGGUACUUCUGCAGGUGAACCCUCAUUCUAUUGAGCCUCUCCUGUUGGAAGUUUUCAACUUAAAGUAGCUGGUGCUGGUGUUGGUUUUGGUAUGUAUAUAUAUGGAAGGUCAUAUUGCUUUUUCAACUGGUAAAAAUAGACUAUAGGGUCAUAUACUGUGUCAGCUGGUGAAAACAGGCUGGAUCAUGGACAUGGAUGAUCUUUAUAUGGCAGCAACUGGUGAAAAAGAGAUGAAAGAUGAAAGGCCUUACAUUUUUGUAAAUAUCUACGUCCCGGAAUGACAACCUUAUAUACCUAAAUUAAGCGGAAAAUCUUACAAGAAGUUUUCAGUUAGCAAUUGUUUUUCAACAAUAUUUGAAAUUCCAUAGAUAGUCAUUGAGAUUAUUUUUUUGUUAGUCGUUUGUUUCGUAAUGCAGAAGAAGAUGCCCUUGUUAAUAGUCAGUGUUUCCUAGGUGUGGAGUUUACUUGUAGAAUAUCUUCAGAUUCCAAAUUUGUGUGUGUGUGUGCACGUGCGUGCAUGCGUGCGUGUAUGGUUACCAUAGUACUUCAGAUGUGUUGUCUGCAUUUUGCUUAGCUUUUAAUGCAUUGUUAAUAUCACCUUGUCUCAGUGUUCUCGUAUUUGUAUAGGUUAACACAGGUCCGUGCAAAGCACACAAAAGAAUUACCUCGGUUAUUGGACUCCUGCUCUGCACCAUAACAUUUUAGUGCCUUAAUCAGUUUUGCUUGUUAGUACAUUCAUUAUGCACAUGUUGUUGAUAUUUUUAUUACAUUUUACUGAUUAUGACAAAAAAAUCAAGUAACCUAGAUACCGGUACAAAGAAAAUUGUCUGCCAAUAACAUAGCCAUCUACAAAUUGUACAUGUAUGUACAAGCUACAUGUACACGUAAAUGACAAAUAUGAUUACUGUUUAAUGUUAUUAGUGGCUGGCUGCUUCAUUCUUCAACUGGCAAACUCAUUGCAGCCUACCUAUUAUUAAUAUAAUAUCCAUGAAAUCAUUGUUUUAUAAAAAUACACUUGCCUGAGGAAAUAUGUUUCUAAUAAUUAAGACACUCUGUCCAGUCCUUGCAAUUCAUGACGACAAUCAGCAGCGUUGAUGCCAAAAGCAAACCAUCUGCUACAACAUUUUGAUCAUUAUCAGGUACUUACUGUAGUAAAUUGCUGUUGCAAGAUGAUCUGAAUUACAAGGGCUUUUAGUCUGCAAGAUUAGAUACGAAACCUUCAGCCUAAAAAACGAUGAACAGCGAUACGAUCCGAUAAUACUUUAACAUGCUCAUGUACCACGAAGGUUUCAAGCAUGUCGGCACCAGGGUUCGGCCUCUGGAGGCCAGGGGCCCAAUCCGGGGCAGAUGAUGAGCAGCAAAGGGUUUUAUAUACCAGUAUGUACUUUCCCAAAGGGCAGGAGAGCUCAUACUGUGAUAUUUGUUAUACCAGUCAGAGCAGGCUGUAGCUCAGUGGUAAGAGUGCUCAUCUGAGCAGUCUUUCUGCCAGAAAGACAUUUUUGGGUAUGGUGCUAUGGAAUUGAAUGCAAUCACAGUCAGCAGAGGGCAUGUGGGGCCUCCCCCAGAACUAAAUUGGGUUAAGUUUAGGGUUAGGGUUAAAAUGAUCAUACAGUAAUGAUAAGAGUAAUUAAUUUUGUCAAAAGGUUAACUUAAAACA